AUGCUCCUCACAUCGUCCCAAGUUUCCGUCGCGAUCUCCUCCGUCAUUGUAUUUCUAUUUACAACAGCGCUGUUCCUCGCCGGUUACGUCCUCCAGCAGCAAACAGUCCGCGACCUCCGAGCCGCCAUAAAACCCCAAAUCGCACGCGGGCUGCCAGAACUACAAGUGUUUCUACAACCGCAGUUUAGCGAGGAUGAGGAGCUCACGAAACUGGGAGCGACUGACCCGAGUCCGCAGAGUGUGAUGGUUGAUGGGGAUAGAAAUGCAAAUGUGAAUACGAAUGGCGAACAGAGAGAAUUUAGAGGGGAAAACGAGAAAGUGGAGGAGGAAAUGGAGGGUGGCAUUCGGAGACAGAAAGUAAAACAGUUGAAGGAGCAAUUGGCGUUCCGGACGGGAAAUAAAGAAGGAGAGAUGGAAUCCCAAAACGCAGAGGUUGAGGAGGAAGAUAUCGAGCUUCCUCACGCGGAAGAUGACCGAAAUACAAAAGAAGAGCCAGAAGAGAAACCGCUAAGUAGAGCGGCGAGGAGGAAGAAGAUCAAGGAACAGAUUUUAGCGGACGGUGAUGGGGAGCAUUUCAAAGGGUAUAGGAGACGGGCAUGGUGA